AUGAAUUGCUCGAAACCAAAAAUUCCAGCAUAUUACUAUUUACAACCAGCGAAAAACGGAGAUGAUGAGACGGAAGAGGAGCUUUACGAUUCCAAUGGCACUCUUAUUACGUCCGAAUACCUCAACGAUGUCGUCGCAAAAUCCAUGUCCGAUAAGUACAUUAUCGAGCAGAGUUCCUCGGACAUCCCGCAAUACACGUGCAAGCAGUGUGACAAAAUUCUUCACAACACCGGCCACCUAAUAGCUCACAUCGUGCUGCAUACGGGUGAAUCCCCGUACGUGUGCAGCCUUUGCCAACGUUCCUUUGCCAAUUCGACGCGCCUCAAGCUACAUCUUAAAGUGCACUGCAUUAAAAAGCUCCAUCCGGGACUAACGGUUACAAGGGUGCCGAAAACACAAAGCGCUGAACAUGUCCACAAGACAGGUUCUGAACCACCCACGAACCCAGUUUCUGCCACGCUUUCUCCUACUGAGAGUAACGAGAAUCUAACCAAGGAGAAAAUCUAUCCUCACAUGAAGCAGCACUUAGUUGAAACAAAUAUUGACCAACAAGCCACGCACCAGUGCGGCCAGUGUGGAGAUGAAUUCCCCAAGAGUUCAGCUUUACAAGAGCACCAAGGUAAAUGCCAUGGAGCAAUAAAGGUGUCAUCUGAGGUAGAUCUAGUCCCAGUCAACAAGCAAGAAUCGUUUUGCUUUAAAAAACAAAUUGAGGCUAAUCCCAUCUUAUCGGGUCUGCUAAUGAAAGAAAUACAAGAACCACCUCCAGUACCCAGUAUAGUCACGGUGGACUAUUCGGAAGACGCGAAAUGUAAUUUGGAAUUGUUACAGUUGGGCGAAUCAAAUUCGGAUCCGGAACAUCAUCCAGAGCAAACGAAGAUUAAAGAAAAACCAGAAGAUGACACGCCGGCAUCUACCGCAGGAGGAGGAGGAUUUAUCAUUAGUUCUGUUGCAACUGUUGAUCAACAGUUUCUGGAAAAUCUUGCCCAGAUGGAGCUACAAACGCGCACGCCGGAUUUGCUGGAACCACUGAUGGAGGAAACGGUAGCAGAUGCUGCUUCCUACUCCGGGCAGAACCCGUUUUCCUCUACGACAUGUGCCCUGUGCGGGAAAACAUUCAGCGAAAAGUUCGGCCUACGGCAGCAUAUGCGCAUUAUGCACGCGGAAACCAAACCAUUCAAAUGUCCGGAGUGUAAGAAAUGCUUUGCCAAAGAACAUUCUAUGUUAAUUCACCUGCGCAUACACGUGAGCAAUCGGCCGUUUAUGUGCAUCAUUUGUUACAAAACGUUCACACGUGCUGCGGCGCUCAACGGCCACCUGUCGUCUCAUUCGCACGAAAUGCUCAAGUGUUUCGCUUGUAACGAGACGAUGCAAAAUGUACAAAAUUACGCGUGUCACAUAGAGAAAAAUCAUCCCCACUUUCCCGAGGUGCUGUUUCAGAUUCGUUCUGAGAAAUCCGAAAAUGAACGGGCGAAAAUACUACGGCAGUUAUUGCUGCAAUCCCUUUCCCAUGACACAGAACAGACGGAAGAAAAUGCAUCCUCAAAUGAGUGCGGACCAAUAGUUGCUAGCCAGGAAGCGAUAUAA